GUAUCACGUGACUCAGUUUUCACAGCCCUUCAUGAGCGGCCAUCAAUGUACCCAACAUGGCGUCGUCUGAUGUUGUUACCGAGGUUGAAAUACAACCAGAAAUUCAAGAAGUUGAAAUUGAAGCAAUCCCAGUAGAAAUACCCGUAGAAACUGUUGAAACGACUGUAGAAACCGUGGAAGGUCAGCCUAUGAUCGCACUUCAACCUUUACCUGAGCCAGGAAGGGAAGAAAUAAUUUUACAAACUCAAGAAGAAAUUGUUGGUGGUGUAGAUACCGAUGCCGAUACUUUAGCAGGGUACGAUCAAAUCCCUGUUCCAGCUUCUGAUGUGUUAAUUGAAAGUCCAAGCACAUCUGGCAAACGUGGAAAAAAGGGAAAAAAGCUUGGAGGCCGUGGAAAAGGAAAUGAACUCAUGUUUGAAACGGAUAGAAGUACAAGAAAAUGGGAACAAAAACAGGUCCAGAUUAAAACACUUGAAGGAGAAUUUUCAGUCACUAUGUGGGCUUCAGGUACAGAUGACGAGGACACCACAACACCAGAGCCUGAUCCUGACUAUACAGAGUACAUGACAGGAAAAAAAAUUCCUCCUGGUGGUAUACCUGGUGUAGAUCUCAGUGAUCCAAAACAAUUAGCUGAGUUUGCAAAAAUGAAACCACGAAAACAGACUGAUGAUGUCGCCCGAACAAUUGCUUGUCCUCAUAAGGGUUGCACCAAAAUGUUUCGUGAUAAUUCUGCAAUGCGAAAACAUCUUCACACUCAUGGACCAAGAGUUCACGUAUGUGCUGAGUGUGGAAAGGCUUUUGUGGAGAGCUCAAAGCUCAAGAGGCAUCAGCUUGUUCACACUGGUGAGAAACCCUUUCAGUGUACGUUUGAGGGCUGUGGAAAACGUUUUUCCUUGGAUUUUAAUCUAAGGACUCAUGUUAGGAUCCAUACUGGUGACCGGCCAUAUGUAUGUCCGUUUGAUGGUUGUCAGAAAAAGUUUGCACAGUCUACCAACCUGAAGUCCCAUAUUCUUACACAUGCUAAAGCAAAAACACCUUCAGGACCAAGAAAAACAUAUGACUUAGAAGGAGAUCCAUUUUUCAGCUCGUAGGGUUCCAUGGGUCGUGGAUGGCAAGGUACUGCUUAAAGACAGAGAAACAACCACCAGAGGACGAGCACCAUGGAACCUCAGAAGCUGACCUUCCAGUUUCAAGAAUAACCUUUGCACAGUUGUUAUGACCUAACAUGAACAAUGACAGAGUUGUAACCAUCAUACUCUGUAGGAUAAUGUGCUUCAAGAAAGCCUUUCAGAAGUGUGUAUGUUGAAGUAUCUUACAAAGACUUUCUGUGUACAGGACACAAAGGCUUUUCUUUGUAAAUUAGUACAGGUACUUGACCAACAGGAAGAUACCAGAAGAGAGCUCAUCAUAGAUUGGCUUUGGAUUGUAUCAUUAAAUUCAUUGGUUUAUAUAUAAGUGUUUGUAGGUAAUAUUGUGUAAUAUAUCACACUGUGCUUUCUUUUUCACCAUUUUUUUUCUGAAGUUAGGUUUCAGGCAGGAUUUACUAUCUAAGACUUAACACAUAAACAGUAAAUUUCCUUUUGUGGUACUACACCUAACCUAAAUGUGUGAAAACAAUUAUCAGUAAUGAUUUUAAUAAUAUGCACAAAAAGAUUUUCAGUGUGUUACCCUAGUACUCUUAAGUGUGAAAGAUUAUAAAUUUAAUCUUCAUCUGAAAUACUAGUAUAUUAAACUUGUAUAUUUUAUUUUGUGAUUUACUCAAUAGGGUAAAAAAAAACGUGUAAAAAGUUGGUCCUCCAAGAAAUGCUUCUAAUUAGUGUUACACUGAGAGAAGAGCUUUGCAUAUUGUGUGUAUAACCAUUACUCAGUAUAUAACAUACAGUUGUAAUGUCAGCCAACUAUAUUCGCUGUCAAGGAUACAAACAUCACUGUACUUUGCCCCUUUUUGUAGGGUAACUAUGGAAGUGUAAAAUAUUGUCAUACCUGUACUUGUGCAUUUCCAGUCCUUAAAGCAGAGGACAUAUAUUUAUUGUGAAGUAAAGGUAACACAUGGUCUGCUUGCUCUAUGUAGAAUGUCUUCAGUAAAUUUCAUAUUUUUGACAAACAAGGAUAAAACAAUCAGUUAAUGUGUAUAAGCCUAUUACUAAUAAAUCUUAACUAGUUUCUUAGCCUUUUUGUGUUGACUGUAGUAGACAUGUUAAAUAAUAAGUAGCAUUGAUAUACACUGCUGUAUCAAAGGACUCUGCAUGACUUGAUGUGCUUGUACCUUGUCUUAAGCCCCAUUUUUUUUAACUUAAAUUAUUUAGCUGGGGUAUGUGGGGAAAUAUAUGAAAACCAGCUGCCACAGAAAAUAUCUUGAAAUUUAUUACCUGGACAUAUUUUGCGAUGUUUAUCCUAGUAAGUUUUGAGGUUGUGUAUUUGUUGGUAUAAAGUUAAUGAACAGAUUACACAGAGAUAAGAAAUUUCUGCUUUUUUUUUAUAUGCUACUGGCCAUUAAUGAGAUUGAUGCAAGUUUGAUAAGAAAAAGUUGCAGUAUUGGGUAGGGGUUGAAAGUCUUUGACCAAUGAUAAAUAAUGCUUGGCUUCACUUGUAAUAUUGGCACUGUAUUAAAAAUUGCAUGUUUGUAUUCAUUUUGAGGUGAAAAUACUACUGAAAGUCAAUGCUGAAAUUAUUAAAGGUUUAUUUUAAAUGAAUAGUCCACAUCUAGAAAAACAUUAGGAUGCAAAAAUAAUGCUCUUGAAAGAAUUAAAUGUCUCGUAAUGGAAAGUUAGCAUUAUUUCCAUUAUUAUUACUGCACAAGUAUGAGAGAUACAGACCAUACAAGCAGUAAUGUUAAUACUAAUUCUGUAUGAAUAUCUAACUAUUAAGUUAAAAUGCACUAUAUUUCCUUUGCUCCUCCAUCCAGACUACGGCACUGAUUGUGGACUUAGCUGUGCUUGCUGUUAAUCUCCAGAUUGUUUUUGACCUGACCUACUUUCAUCAUGAAAACAACUUAUGAAAGUCUACUUUUAUAAGUGUUAAAAGACUUAAUACAUACCACAACCAAUAUAUCUUUUCUGUCUGAACAUUGAAGCUAUGAAAAAUUAAAAUGUCUUAGUUAAAUUAUUUUUCCAUAUUUCUCACCCAUUGUAAGAUAAAAUGCUUUUUGGGGGAAAACAGUUAAAAAUCUCAACAGAUUUUUUUUUCAGAUUUUGCAUACUAGUUAAAAUCGCAGUCAACAAUAACAAACAAUUUGAGAGAUAUUUUAAUGCUAAUCAAGUGUAAAAAAUAAGCUUUAGAUAUUUUGAACAUCUUUUAUGUUACAUAGAUUAGAGAAAGAGUGAAAUUAGUAUGGUUCAUAUUACUGUAUUAAAGCUUGUUUAUCUCACUAAAGUUGUGGAAAUGACAACUUCAUGAAUACAAUGUAUUCCGAUUUUUUUAUAACAGUAAAAUCUGGAAUAUUUGGACCAGUUUUAAUUAAAAUGUGUACUAACAAUCUUGUAGAAAUUUCAGUAAGUGAUAAAGAAAACAGAAUGUGGGUUAAAACCAUGUUCCACCACAGGUUGGCGACGUUUUCACGUGUACAAAUUUUGUGAAACUUUGAAGUAAAUAAUUUAGCAAUUUUACAGAAUUUGUCAAUCUCAGUUUCUGUAAUAUAUGUGAAUAUUUUUAUAGUAUUAUAACAAAACAUAGUUUUGGAAUAUAAAACUAGAGCAUUGAUAGUUUGGGAUGUUGAAUCAACUAUUCUUUUUCAAACUUAUUUCUUACCCGUUUUGAAAUUGUUUUACAGUAAUUUCUGGCAACAAUACUAUUUAAGCAAGCUGUUCUCGAAGCUUGACUAAAAGAAUUCCUGGUCAGCAAUUGUAUGCUUUAUCUUCCAGUUUUUUAAACAUUAAAUCGUUUUGUCAACUGACA